CGAAGAUAACUUCACAUGGGAACAAGCUUUGCAGAACUGUGUUCAACAAUCAAAUGAAACACAUCCCGACGCUGAGUACUUACUGGCUGAUAUAAACCUAAAUUCAGAUUCUUCAAAUCUUUGCUCCAAGUAUAGCAUCUUAAAUGAUAGCCCUCUGUGGCUUGGAAUUCAGUCUUUUCCGUGUGAUGCUGAAUACAAUGAUGCAAAAGAUAUUGAAAGGGCAAUAAGAUGUCGAAGUUGUGAAGUAGAUUGCAAAUAUGAACAUUGCAAUGAAUCAAGACUAGCAUUCUGUGAGCCACUACCAGAACCAGUGACAAAACAUAAACUUACCAGCCAAUCAUACACUGGUACAGUGACAAGUAUUCAAAAGGAUUAUUCAAACGCAUCAAACAUGACCAUAGCAUACUGGAAAAUUAGCGCUGUGUCCACUGAUGCAUUCGUCUGUAACUCGGAAGGAUAUACAGUGGGCUCAAACAAAAGUGUACAUACAGCGGUCGUUUACAGUGUUCCUUUAGCAGUGGUAAUCAUUAUACUAGUCGUUUGCUUAUUAUACUGCAGAAAGAAACAUAAUAAAAAACAAAAGAUGGAGGUUGAAUCAACAGCUGGAAUCAGACAGUCUUCCUUUCAACUUGUUGCCAAGACUGAUUUUUAUGAACUGGUCGACAAUUCAAAUGUUAGUAAGCUGAAUCCUGAAACAGAAGCACUAGACACAGUAAACACAUCAGAGACUGGCAUAUCCGAGAAAGGGAUAGAGACUAGCAUACCCGAGAAGGGGAUAUACGAUAAGGCCAAAAAUUUAAAUGUAUCAGAAUUAACGGAGAGUGUAUACAAUCAUCUUAGAGAGGGAGAUACUUCUGUUGAACAAAAAGAAAAUAUUUAUGAUCGUUCAACUAUGUUACAUGAUGGAAGAAAUUCCUUAUAUGACUUUACAACAAACAAAACAAAUCAAAAAGUAUCAUGGGACCCGACAUACGACCAUGCUGUUCCGUUAGAUAGAUUGAAAAACUGAAAAAACCAAUCGGAACUUUGAAAUUAAAUGAUGAGACCUUUAGGCUGUGAAAUGCCUGAAACUGAGUUGAACUGUUGAAAGUUUAAACACAAUUAAUCUACAACUGUUUUGUUAUGUAGCAAUUGACUCAUAGUCUACUUACAUUUACAUAAUUUGACACAUG